AUGCAGCGCGUCGAGUUGUGGGUAUACAAUAUUGGAAAUGACUCUGCAGUGGCAAUGAUCAGAGGCGUGCUUGGAGUGGACAUACAGGGCAUUUGGCACACAUCCUUGCAUCUUUUUGGGAAGGAGUAUUACUUUAUGUCUGGCAUCCGAGCUGACCGCCCUGGAACAUCUCCCUUUGGGGCUCCUGCCAGAAAGAUUGAGCUGGGGGAAACAUGCGUGACAGAAGAAGAACUAACUUCGUACCUAAAGAAAAUAGACGAGCUAUACACGGAACAAACAUAUCACAUCAUUAGAAAUAACUGCAAUCACUUCUCGAACAACCUGGCAAAGUAUUUAGUUAAUAAGGAAGUCCCAGCAUACAUAAUGGAUGUGGCAAAGAUAUUUGAGAAUACGCCCUUUGAGGCACUGCUUGCAGGCCUUGCUCCUGGCAGAAUGUAG